AAAUAUUUUAAUUAAAGAUAUACCAAAAUGUUUAAUAUCGCAAAGAACUCUAUUAUAUUUCAAAUUAAAAGAUAUGGACACCGAACAUACAUACGGCAAUCAUUAAAUACAAUAUCAAAUAAUUUAUUAAAUCGGCGGCAAAGUAAAAAACCGACAAGUGCUUUUUGUCAAUCAUGUAGUCAACCAACAACAGUAACACAUCCUCAUUUAAUGAAAGAUGGAGAGGUUGUGCCUGGUAUUCAACUUUGUGAAUUUAAAAGGCGACGAGAUAAAUUGAUAGAGAAUAUUAUUUCACAUACUUGUGUUACAAAUAUAGGCAAAUCACAUAUUGUAAUUAUUCCUUCUUCAUCCAAAGUAUACAUGUCUGGAAAAAUUCCAUAUGUUUUUCGUCAAAAUACAGACUUCUUGUAUUUUACUGGUUGUCAAGAUCCUGAUAGUAUUUUAAUAAUUACAGUAAACAAUGAAAACAUUGCAACUGUUUUAUUUCUCACGCAACAAGAUCAACAUUCUGAACUUUGGGAUGGUCCUAGAACUAAAGUUGAAAUAGCACCUAAAAUGUUCGGUGUUGAUUUAGCACUUCCAAUAACAGAAUUUGGACAAUUUUUUGUGUCUUUCAUAAAGGAAACUAAAAAAUGUAUCAUUUGGUAUGACAGUAUUGAUAUAGCACAACCAAGCUUACAUGAGAAGUUACAUGAAUUAAUGAAAAUAAAAAAUAAUCAAAUACUUGUUUCUCCAACAAAUAUAAUGCAUAAAAUUAGAUUAAUUAAAUCACAAUCUGAAAUAAAUUUAAUGAAAAAAAGUUGUGAGAUUAUUUCAACAGCAAUAUCUAAAACUAUAGAAAUAUCAAAACCUAAAAUGAGUGAGCAUCAUUUGUUUGCAACUGUGGAUUAUGAAUGUAGAAUGAAUGGUGCAGAAUUUCUGGCAUAUCCACCUGUUGUUGCUGCUGGUAAAAAUGCUAACAUCAUUCAUUAUGUCUCAAACAAUCAACUAAUUCAAGAUGGUGAUAUGGUCUUGAUGGAUGCUGGUUGUGAAUAUCAUGGUUAUUCAUCUGACGUAACCAGAACAUGGCCAAUUAAUGGAACCUUUACACAAGAACAAAAAAUCUUAUAUGACAUAGUAUUAGAUAUUCAAAAUAUUUUAAUUCAUAAACUAAGAGAAUUACCAUCAUUAGAUCAAUUAUAUCAUGAUAUGUGCUCUUUAUUAGGCAAAAGAUUACAAGAAAGUAGCUUAAUACCUAAACAUUUGAAUAGAAAUGAGUUAUUAUCUGCAGUUUAUACUUAUUGUCCACAUCAUGUGAGCCACUACUUGGGUAUGGAUGUACAUGAUACAGGAAACAUUUCUAGGAAUUUAAAACUUCAGUCUGGGAUAAUAAUUACUAUAGAACCUGGGAUUUAUAUUAGUCAUAAAAAUCGAUUUGCUCCGUCAGAAUUUUAUGGCUUAGCUGUUCGCAUUGAAGAUGAUGUUCUAAUAACGGAAAAUGGACCAAUAAUUUUAACAGAAAACUGUCCAAAAGAAAUUGCUAAAAUAGAAACUUUAGCGAGUCAACAUUUGUAA